UGUUACUUUAGUGACUUACCGGCAGGUCUGUUAUGAGUUUGAUUCUUUCCUCCAAAUUUUUCCCUUUUUUCUCCCGCAUGAGUAAGUAAAUGUUGGCCAAAUCGGGGCAUGAUCGUAGCAACUUUUCCACUAGGACUUUCCCGAUAAAGCCGCUUCCGCCCGUUAUGAAAAUAUUUUUUCCGCGGAAAAAUUCGGUGAUUGUUGGAAGUUCGGCCAUUUCGAGUGCGUCUUUUGAACUGAUUUAGCUGUAUCGAAGUCGGCGUUGACCCGGACCUCGAUUAGCAUACAAUAAGGGACUAAUUUUCGAGUGAGUUCGAUGGUAGAAAAAAUAUGACUAAAGCAGACUUCGACAAACAACUCAUUAAGAGCGGAUAUGGUAAUCUUCAUUAUGUACACAUGAGUUGGCAGAAAACUAGAGCGGUCUUUGCUUGAAACAAUUGAUUAAAGAAAGUUAUUGCACCGUCAAAAUGCCAUUAGAGAGAGGUUUUGUAAUUUGGGCUAACUGCGGAACCAAAUUUUUUGGCUUGUCAUUGUGACAAUUCAUAAAAAUUUAUCUUUAUCACAAAAAUGGCGAAAGGAAAAGCCAAAAACAAAAAAUUAGAAACAACCGCAGCCACUUCUGAGCCAGGUUUAGAACAAGUUGCAGUUGAGAAAAGUGAAGAUCAAAUAAUUGAAGAAAAACAACCAGUAAAUGAAGAACAAGCCGAACCACCUGACGAACCGCAGCAGAAAGAAGAACAACCUGAAACUGUCCCAGAUUUUGAAGAACUUGAAGCUGAUGCUUCGAAACCUGAUAUAAAGAGAGCUUCGUCUAGGAAAGUGUCAAAAGGGAAGAAAGGCACUUCUGAGAUAAGUGUAGGGAAAAAGAAAGGCAAAAAAGAGAAGAAAAGCACUUCAGAAACAAGUGUUGGGAAAAAAGGCAAGAAGAAAAAAGGGAAGAAAGGCAAAGACGAUGUUCAAACCGUUGAACAACAACAACCGGCUGAAGAAACUGAAGAGGUUGAUAAAUUACCGUUAGUUAUUAAAGCAGUUUCCAUCACUGAAGCAUCAGCCUUGAGAGAAAGUAAAGUCAGAAUAGACAAGUCCGCUUCUGCUGUCUCCACCGAUGAAGAAGAAUCAAAGAAAGAGAAGAAGGCGAAGAAAGGUCGCUCAACUUCCACGAUCAGUGUUGGCGACGAAAAAAAAAAGAAGAAAGGUCGUUCAACUUCUUCGAUUGGUGUCGGAGAUGGAAAAAAGAAGAAGAAGAAGAAAGGUAAAAAGAGUACGUCCACGUCUCAAAUGAGUGUCACGGGGAAGAAAAAGAAGAAAUUGAAGAAGAGUGAAGAAUCGCGAGAAAAUAUCAAACCAACUGUUUCCAUUUCGGCGGCCGCCAUUGCCCACAAAAAGAAGAAAGCGAAGGGUAAAAAAAUGAAGAGAACUGCUUCAGUUCCAUCGGCUACAAUGUUAACACAAGAGGGAGGCAAGCAUUUGCCCACUGCUUCCGAAGUUAGUUUGAGGAAGAAAGAUAAGAAAUCUUCUGCAAGUUUGAGGAAGGUCAAAAGUUCGGGAUCACAAUUAAUUGGAAAGUCUUUGUCAGCAAUUUUGUCACGGAGUAAAUCGUCGGAACGCCGAACCUCCUCCCAGUGGACUCUUGUAGAUGAUGAGUCAGAGGAAGAUUCGGAUUAUUCGUAUGAGGACAUAAUUGAAGAAUCAGUACUCGCAAAAUCGUCGAGUCGCUUCAAACCAAAAGUGAAGAAAGGCAAAGGGAAGAAGAAAGGUAAAAAAGUCCAAAUGGAAGUGGGUGAAGAGGAAGAACCGAAAGAGAAAAAAAAGAAGAAAGGCAAAAAGGGCAAAAAGAAGAAAGUCGAGCCUGAGGAAGAAGAAGUGGCCAUUGAGCCCCAAGACGACGUUUUGGCCGAAAUCGCUCGAUUGAAGUAUUUAGCCGAACUGGAAGCAAGUGGUGAAGAAAGCGAAGCUGCAACCACCGAAACCGAAGCCAAGCCAAAAAAGAAGAAAAAGAAGAAGAAGGGCCCUAAGAAGAAACUCUCGAAGAAGGAAAAGGCCCGUCUUGCGGCAGAAGCAGCCGAGAAAGCAAAAAUAUCAGCAGAGGAGGAAGCAGCACGAGCGGCUGAACUCGAACGAAUACGGUUGGAAGAAGAACGCAAAGCUGCCAUCGAGAAGGAGAAACGGGAAACUUUUGAACAACAAAUCAGAAUGGAGCAGUUAGAAGUCGCUCUACAAUAUAUCAACGACGUUGUGCGUUAUAACAAGAAAUUGAGGCACGAUGCGAAGGUACAAGAAGAUUGGGAGUUUUAUGUCAACUGUGGACGCCUCCCGAACCCGGCCAAGUGUGACCAAAUGAACACUUUUCUGCACUUGUGGGAAAAUGUCAUCGAACAAACGACAAUGGAGGAGGCGGCGAAACGCACCGUGGACAUGUUAGAACUUUUGAACGAAUUGGACGACUUGAUCGACACGGCGGAAGAAACCGACCAAUCAGUGAUCGACAACUGGAAGUGGGUGCGGUUACUCUUCCGGCAACAACAAGCCAAAAGUCUCGACGUUGCCACGUAUCGACUUUUGCGCGACAUUGAGCGAAAUUUGCACCGAAUUGACAUCCCAACGGCUGAUUACAAGUACCAAGACGACAACAUCGUUCUUUGUUUGUGGCUAAGGGUCCAACUUCCGACCCCACUACCCAAUCCGAGACGGCCACCCAAGCCGCGAAUUGAAGUCAAUUUCCCCGAAAUGAAAAUGGAAGUGCAAUUUCCGGUCUCGAUUGACGGUGACAAAAUGGCAGUGCGGACGCUUUACGUCAAAUACGACCAUUUGAGCGACUUGUGUGACACCUAUCAGAAACCGGAAGUACCAGAACGCUAUGAUAUUGACUUGUACGACGCCAUGAAACUAGAAUGGUGGGAGAAAUUACUCUACAAGUUUAAACAUCGGGUAAGGAAAGAACCACCGCCCCCUCCGCCCGGAGAGGAGGACCAACCGGUGGUACAACCGGAAGAGCCCAUUUUCGGACCGGAAGACGAAAUCCCGGUUGUACCAUACCGGAAACUGGAGCCCACUGCGAGCGAAUAUGUCAUUGCGAGCGAAGACGCCCUCUAUAGUGAAACGCGGACAAACCUCCUCAAAAGUGUCACCGAUGACGUUAUCAAUUUGCGCAAGUUUAGCAUCAUAGGUGGCGUUUAUUCCCUCAAUUUACUCAAACAGCCGCCCCAGCCUCAAGAUUUCGUCACGCUUGACUUGAACUUGACCCCUUUAUAUCUCCCCAAACAGCUGGAAUACGUCGACCUUUACUUGGAUUAUAACCCCCCUUUGCCCCCGCCGCCAGGCGUGCGCAAAGCCCCCGAAGAAAUCGAAGAAGACAUGAAGAGACAAGAGGAAGAACUCGAUAAACUCAUUUUCGUGACUUUGACUUGGCCCGAUCACGUGAUUUUUCUCGAACUACCAAUGGUGUGUUACUGGGACGACGAACGCCGAGUUUGGACGAAGAGCGAAGUCCACGAUUUGAAGCAUAAUGAAGAAAAGGGCCAAUUGACGUUCAGGACGCGUAAGGGUGGGACUUUUGCGUUGGCUGUUUACAGGUAUGCCAACCUGCCGUAUCAAGCGUGGGAAAUCCGGCCAGAAGCUAAUGGCACCAUUUCGGUACAAAUCACCGCUGCUAUUUUAAUGGUCGAGUUUAAUGUCAAAGACGGCUUGAUUGCGCUGUCGCAAUUGCAGAACAGUCCGAAUAACGCGUUGCAGGACAUUGUCGGGACUUAUUUCCCGCUGCCGAAGUUGGUUCGGAUGUUGCAAAGCGCGGGAGUUGAUGUCUUUCCCGCGUUUGACGCUUUUUGUUACAUUGAAAAUACGUGUGAGAAACAUUGGCCGAUGGAGAAACACUUGUAUUUUGACAUGGCCCUCUUAAGUGUCUGUUUUAACUUUGCGUGGUCGCGCUGGAACAUGGCGGCGGGUCGCAGAGGCAUUGUUCUCCAAAUGAGGGAAUAUAAUGUUGAAAAAACGAAACAGAAAAAUCACUCAAUGCUUCAUGUUACGCCACUGACUGCGAUGUUUGUUGACUGCACUGAAGUUAGCCAGACUUUUACUGAGGAAGGGAUCGAAAACAUGAAGUUUUACCCCGAUUUGUAUCAUUUGAUGAAAGGGACGUCCAGCAUGGCCGUGAAAAAUAAAGUUAUUAAGGCGUCGAAAGAAUUGACUUUUGCAUUGUACGAACUGCUGGUGGCUACUCGAGUGGCGAGUUUCUCGUAAUUUCACUUUAAUGGGUGCAAAUAUAUAAAUUAAAUAAAG